UUGGUCGAAGGAGGAGUUCUGUUUUGUGAGUGUAACGCCCAUUCAAAAUCCAAACCAAUAGACAGAGUCCUGCGCAACGCCGACUUCCAACUCUCGUCUACAUUGUGUUAGCGGGGCGCCUGGGAGUGCGACCUCUCUCAUUUCGUCUAUCCAGCCAACACGAAAUAUCACAGAAUUGACACCCGUUUUCCCGUCGCGCUGAAGUGGAGGCAGCUUUGGAUCACUCGCCCGCAGAUUCAGAAGCUGUAAGUGUGCGCUGUGUCACACGGUGCAUGAGGACGGGUCAGAUCUCCGCAGGGACUUUCCGCCGUCACCCGGGACAGAGAGACAGCUGAGCGGACAUACGACUCCGGCUGCACUCCGGGAAAGCGCCGUCAACACGAUAAGUCCAUUUCAUUCGUCUUAUAGGUUUGGUUUUAUUAAGUGGCCGUCAGAAUUAUGAAAAAAUUAUCAGAGGAUAAUGACUGCUAGUGUAAACAACGGACAUACGAAAACGAUCUCGUUUUUAUUCUCAUCUUGUUUGAAUUCGCCCUUCUGAAUGGCUUUCUGCGUGCAGAGAUUUCCGUUGCAUGAAGACUCCUGGAGUUUUACGCGGUUUCGGAUCUAAGAGUUUUAUUGUUUAUUCAUCGAUCGCAGUUAUCGGAUUUUUGGGGGAUGUAUAUGGCGUUCCAGCACUCACGUGCAACGGGAAGCAAUCAAAAGUGAUGCGCGUGGUGUUGUGAAUGCAUGAUCAAACGGGGUUUCGAUCGGGAAGCAACACACAGCAUUCUCUCCACCAGACGCCAGGCUUCGGCUUUCAGUACUUUCGCACUGUAUUCAUAUGCACUCAAAGCUGCUGAGGAAGGCGUGACUCUUACAAGUGAUCACUCGACCGUCGUCCCUACAGAAGUGUCCGGCAGAAAAUCACCGAGAACCGGGGAGACGAGUAACAGCUGCGGAUCAUCACAGUAAACAUAUGCGAUUGUUAAACACAGAUAAGAUAAACGCGCUACAGAUGUGAAUGCGAAUCAACUGUAUCUGAGUUUGUGCUCCGGCAGAGGGACGCUUUGAGCGGGACUUUGGGCAUCGGCCUUCGGCAGCGAUGCUGCAAGUGGACAUGAUAAUAUUUGUCUUUCCGGUCCUGUGGAUGUGUGUUUUUAGUCAGGAACCGGCCUCCAAGGUGGUGGCCGACCGCUACGCCGUCUACUGGAACCGCACCAACCCCAGGUUUCUCCGUGGUGACUACCACAUUGACGUCUGCAUAAAUGACUACCUGGACGUGUACUGCCCGCACUACGAGGACUCUGUGCCGCUGGAGCGGACAGAGCACUACGUCCUCUACAUGGUGAACUAUGACGGCUACAGCACCUGCGACCACACCUCCAAGGGCUUCAAGCGCUGGGAGUGCAACCGGCCGCGCGCACCAAACGGCCCGCUCAAAUUCUCCGAGAAGUUCCAGCUCUUCACCCCCUUCUCGCUGGGGUUCGAGUUCCGGCCGGGCAGAGAGUAUUACUACAUCUCAUCCACCAUUGGUGAAAAUGGAAGAAGAACCUGCCUGAAGCUGAAAGUUUUUGUUCGACCACCAAAUGGCUGUGUGAAAACUGUAGGCGUCCAUGAUGUUUUUGAUGUCAAUGACAAAGUAGACAAUUCAUUAGAGCCAAGCGAUGACACGAGUCAUGAGUCGGCCGCGCCGUCCCGCAGUGAUGUGAGCUCUUCCCAGCGUCCCGCGCCAGCCUGGGCCCUGCUGGCUCCACUGCUCCCCCUGCUGGCCACCUUGCUGACAUUAUAGUGCAUCCUGCUGGUGGAACUCUCUGGCACACAGCACCUGGUCUCUGAGGAGCCGGAGUGAAAAGGAGACACUCCAGGAACAGCAUUUUCAAACAGACAGCAGCUUCAGUUGAGCUGAGUUCUCUCUCAAUCAGAGAUGGAAGAUUUAAGAUUCAAGAGGAAAAAUCUGUUUCUCCCUGAGAACCAAGCCACUCAGCGGUUAUCUUAGCAAUUCCUGUUUCCCCAUGGAGAAUCUAUAUGCAUAGACCCCACACACACACACACGCACGCACGCACGCACG